AUGAAGUCAGACGCAGCAGUGGGCUCUGGCGAGCCGCGGGAGAAGGGCAAGGCCACACCCGACACGAUCAAGAUUGGCUGCAUCGCCAUGGUGCUGAAGGACAGCGUGUUUCGGCGGGCGGAGAUCCUGAGCAUACGCGACACGAAGAGCGGACGGCACUUUUACUGCAACUUUGACAACUUCAACAAGCGGUUGGACGAGUGGGUGCCGACGGCGCGCAUCGACUUUGCGCAGGACGUCGAGUGGCCGAACCCGGACAAGGACAAGCCGAAGGAGUCGAAGAAGAAGGGAGCGGUGGUGCAGUCAAAGAAGACGGCCGUGUCGAAGAAGACGGGACCGCGGCGGAAGCGCGAGCAGGGCAGCGUGUCCGAGGCCGGCACGCCCCAUCCAUGGACAGAGGCACAACACAAGGGGACGCCAGGCGGUGGCGACGACGGUGACGACAGAGCGGCGACAGGCACCAGCACGGGGGCAGCAUCGACACCAACGGCCGGGGCGGCAGGCGGGGCCGGGGCUGAGGGCGACGAGGAGGACAGCACGAUGGGCGGAGCAGACGGCGGCAGCACAGCCGAGACAGGCGGAUUCAGCCGCGAGAAGGAGAUUGAGAAACUGCGGACGGGCGGAUCGAUGACGCAGAACCCGACAGAACUGUCGCGGAUCCGCAAUAUUGCCAAGGUGCAGUUUGGCAAGUAUGACCUGUAUCCGUGGUACUUCUCGCCGUAUCCGGAGUCGUUCAGCCUGGAGGACGUGGUGUACAUCUGCGAGUUCUGUCUGGGCUACCACGGCAGCCUCAAGGCGUUUACGCGGCACCGGCUCAAGUGCACGCUGCAGCACCCGCCGGGCAACGAGAUCUACCGCGACAGCUACGUGUCCUUCUUCGAGAUCGACGGGCGGCGACAGCGGACGUGGUGCCGCAACCUCUGUCUGCUGUCCAAGAUGUUCCUGGACCACAAGACGCUCUACUAUGACGUGGACCCGUUUCUGUUCUACGUCAUGGCCGCGCGCGAUGAGCGUGGCGUGCACCUGGUCGGCUAUUUCUCCAAGGAGAAGGAGAGUGCGGACAACUACAAUGUGGCGUGCAUCCUGACGUUGCCACAGUUUCAGCGCAAGGGUUACGGCCGGCUGCUGAUCCAGUUCUCGUACGAGCUCUCGCGCAUCGAGGGCAAGCUGGGCUCGCCCGAGAAGCCGCUGUCGGACCUGGGGCUCCUGAGCUACCGCCAGUACUGGACCGAGAACAUCAUCGAUCUGCUGGCCGGCUACAAUGAGCGCGGCGACAAGUGCAGCAUCGAGAUCAUCGCCAAUGCCCUCGCCAUGACCACACAGGACGUCGAGCAUACCCUGCAGGCCCUGCACAUGCAAGUCUACCACAAGGGCGAGCACAAGGUCGUCAUCCCGACUCGCCUGCUCGAGCAGCGCCAGGUCAUCCUCAAGAAGCAGCGUCGCGCCAUCGACCCCGAGCGCAUCCAGUGGAAGCCGCCCGUCUUCACGGCCGCCUCACGCACUUGGGGCUGGUAG